AUGCGUGUCUUUAAGCUGAUGGGCGUUCAGACCAUGAUCAUGACCAACGCGGCCGGAGGACUGAACCCGGACUACAGAGUGGGCGACGUCAUGAUCCUCAAAGACCACAUCAACCUCCCGGGUCUGGGCGGGACCAACCCUCUGAUGGGACCCAACGAAGACCGGUUUGGGCUGCGGUUCCCGUGCACGUCAGACGCCUACGACCGUGACCUCCGCGCUCUGGCGCUGUCCGUGGGGGCGGAGCUUGGGUUCGGCGACCUGCUCAGAGAAGGCGUGUACUGUGUCCAGGGCGGGCCCAACUUCGAGAGCAUCGCAGAGUGUCGCAUGCUGCGCAUCAUGGGCGCGGACGCCAUCGGCAUGAGCACGGUGCAUGAGGUGCUGGUUGCGCGUCACUGCGGGAUGCGCUGCUUCGCCCUCUCGCUGGUCUCCAACAUGGCCAUCAUGGAUUACGACUCUGUGGAACGAGCCAAUCACGACGAGGUCCUGGAGACGGGCCGCCUCCGAGCGAAGCAGCUGGAGAGCCUGGUGUCGGAGCUGGUGGACCGCAUGGAGACGCACAACACCUGCUGA